AUUCGAUCGUACAUGAAAACAUUGACUACGAAAAAAAAUUUUAGUGCUUCGUGACGAAAAGGGAUAUGGAAAGAAUCCUUCUUCUGUGAACGUUUAAUCUUCCCAAUGGAGUUGAUACAGGACUACGAACAACAAUAUGCCGUGCAGACGGCCGAAAUUACCGCCCAGAUUGGUCGAAUUGCGGUCGCGAGCGGAGCGGAACGCAAUAAACUGAUUUCCGACAUCGAUCGUCAGUUGGAAGAAUCGCAAGAAUUGCUGGAACAAAUCGGACUGGAGAUUCGUGAUAUUCCACAAAAUUCGCGUGCCGCGUACACCUCUCGAUUGAACUGUUAUCAGGCCGAAUGGAAACGAUUGCAGCAAGAGUUUAAUAAUGCGAAAGCGGCCCGAUCGAAGGCUGGAUAUGAUUCAUCGGUGGACGAUUUCGAUGAGAUUGGCAUACAGGAGGACCAGAAACGACGGCUGCUGGAUAAUACGGAACGGUUGGAACGUACCAGCAACUAUCUGAACGAUGCGUACCGUGUUACGAUCGAAACGGAACAGAUAGGUACACAGGUUCUAGCGGAUCUUAGUCAGCAGCGAGAAUCCAUUCAGCGAUCGAGAGGAAGGCUUCGCGAAACGGAUGCCGAUUUGAGCCGUUCAUCCCGGAUUCUGAACUCGAUGAUAAUGCGUGCAAUGCGUGAAAAGUUCAUUCUAGUUGUCGUGGUAGUGGCUAUAUUUUUGGUCCUUGUUUUCAGUAUUUAUUUCUCGAUAUCAUAAUCAUUUGCUGCGAUGAUUCAUGAUUCGUCAUCGGCAGCUAGAGAUUUAGUCCGUUCCUUGGGAGGUAUUCCGUGUGCCGGUAAAGCGGUUACACAUUAGGUAGGAUAAUGAUUUUAAUAUGUUUGCUGUUUUGUUUUGUGAUAUUUGUUUCCUUAUUCCUGAAGCUUAUUCGUACUAUGUAGAAUUUUUAACACCACCUAUUUCAGUCAUAAGCGCAGCUGCGCGAAGCUAAAAUAUUUAUGUACAAUAAAAGUGAACCUUUCAAUCAUUCCA